CCUUGAAUAUCUAAUUGGACCAGUAUCGUGUAUGGCUGCCUUGUUUCUGUUUCGUCCCUCCACGAGAUCGGGAACUCGGGAAAUAUGGCGGAGGGUUUGUUGGGUCCCCCGAUAUAUAACUCCCCUUCAUUCCUCUUCCACCAAUCUCUGAAGUUUCCUCCAAAAUUAAAAUUAAAAUUCAAACCUAAACCCUCAUCGAUGGCUGCUCCUCCCUCUCAUUGUCGUUGCUCCUCCAACCCGAGACCCAACCAGCCUUCAUUGCUCGUCUUCUCAGGUGGUACUGCAUUUAACGGUAUUGUGGAGGAACUGAAGAAGUUAACGAUUCGUGUUGCACAUGUUCUUCCUGUUUCGGAUGAUGGAGGCAGUACAGCUGAGAUUGUUCGUGUACUAGGUGGUCCAGCUGUAGGAGACAUACGAUCAAGAUGCUUGAGAUUGUCUGACCAAAGUACUGCUGAGGCUCUGGCUGUCCGAAGAUUGCUUGGUCAUCGCCUACCCUUCAGUGCACAAGAUGCAAAAUCAGAAUGUGUGCUGAGUUGGGAAUUUGAUAGGUAUAAAAUUGUGGAAGGAGAACAUGAUCUAUGGGAAGGGGUAUCAAGACCCUACAGGGAAACAAUUCGAGCAUUUUUGGCUUACUUUCAGAAUGAGAUUCUUCGGCGGCCUAAUGAACAAUUUUGCUUCAGAAAUGGCAGCAUCGGGAAUUUUUUCUUUGCUGGAGCACGCAUAUUUUUUCAGUCUUUGGAUGCUGCCAUAUUUUUGUUUUCACGUGUCUCGGAUAUUCCCUCUGAAAGUCUAGUUCUGCCAGUAAUUUCAACUAAUGACAGACUGACGCUAGGAUGUGAAUUAUCGGAUGGAAAAAUUAUCCGGGGUCAGAAUGAAAUUUCACAUCCAACCCAUGGUAACAUGGCAACUGUAAAUAAGGAAUGCUCUUCAGUUCCAGCACUUCCUUCCAGAGUGAAGAGGAUAUUCUAUAUGUCAAGUGAAGGCAGUAACUCCCUGCAUGAGGUCUUCCCCACAGCAAACCCAGCUGUGCUUGAUCAGUUGCAUAGUGUGGACUGCAUUGUUUAUGCUAUGGGAUCUCUUUUUACUUCCAUAUGCCCAUCUCUGGUAUUACUUGGAAUUGGUGAGAUUAUCUCUUCAAGGAACUGCCCCAAGGUACUUCUGUUGAAUGGUACACACGAUCGAGAGACGAGUGGCUUCUCUGCAUCUUGCUUCGUUACUGCCAUUACAGAUGCUCUAAAUCGAAAAUAUGGAGAACCUCGUAAUUCUCUAGAAUAUUGUCCAAGUCAAUACAUCAAUACGCUUUUGGUGCCCAAGGAUGGUGAAAUUCCUCUGGACACUGAACGCUUGGCCUCUCACGGGAUUAUGGAUGUGAUUGUUGUUGACUCUAUAAACGACUCAAAAGUUGGUAUUGUAUUUGAUCCAACGUCAUUGAUAAAUGCACUUGCCGAUAUAGUCAGCAAAUACAUGAGCUCAAAUGCUGCAGAAGAAAAGUAAAAUUUUGACACAAAGGAUAUUCAGAAGGCAGAAAUUUUCAUUCUGAGGUUUGGUGUUGGCUAAAUAUGUCCUUCAGUCUAGAUAUAGAUAUUAACUUUGCUUAUUUUUGAACUUUAGAGUUGAAUAUAUCUAGCUACAAUCUUGAAAGGGAGAAAGGAGGGGGAAAGGAAGCACACAAUUUAAAUGCUGUAAAAUGUUUAGAUUUCUUGCAUCUUCUAAUGGGAGAUCGGCCAUUAUCCUAUGUGUAAGUGACAUCUUUUUGUAAAUAAAUCGUAACAAUGGUUGCAUGUCAAGGCAGUUGACUUCUUCCCCCAAUCCCCCAUUUUUGUAUAGCAGAUUGUGGUGUUGAAGUAAUGCAAUGAAUCAACUUGUUUGUGACUUA